AUGAAUCAAGAUAAAACAGUUGAAGAGCCUUUGCUUAGUUAAGCCAAGAUGAAUGAAUAUAAAGAGAGAGAAUUCAGGGAAUACUUGGUCAAUUAGGAUGUCACUCUUGCAAUUGUUAAAUUUCUUCUGGCUUUGAGGAAUGCUCCAAAUAAGCCUGAUUCUCCCAGUCAAGCACUUAUUGAUUAUUUCAGCAUACACAAGGACACAAGGGCUCAUGAGGACUUCGAAAAAUUGAGAAGCGAUGUCGAGUAAUUAGAACAAGAGAAUAAUGAAUUAGCGAAAGAAAUUAAUUAGAUCAAGGAACAGAUUGUUUAAUAGAAAUUGGAGAAGCAACGAAAGGAGGAGGAGGAACGAUUGCGUUUGGAAGAGGAGGCAAAAAAGAAUACAAAGAAACCUGCAAAGAAAUGA